GUCAUUUCAAGUACUAUAAAGCCAUUGACAAUUCGAUUCCACUCCACCAUAUCAUCAUGUCCUCUCCCCCCAAAGACAAUAUUGCACCCCGCCCUCCUUCAAAGGUCGUUGAACCAACCAAAGUCAACACCGCACCACAACAAGCUUCCACUUCACCUGGUGACGGCGCUCAUAUUCCCGCGGACCAGAUUCGCGAUCCCUCCGAGGUCGAUCGCAAUGACCCCAAUAUAAACGUGGUAGAGAUCCCUGCAGAGAAAAAAAAGUCCCCUUCCUUCAAAGACCAAGUAUUCGGUUAUGCCAAGGUCAUCCGCGGAAAAGGUCUUGGUAAACCAGCCGUCAAGGAGCAAGGAGAACGAGUGUUGCGAGGUGAAGAAAGCGUUCCGACGAAACGCCGAGGCUCUACUUCGGAUUGAUACCUUCGUCGUGUCACUGACUUUCCUUGUACUCUAUCCUAUCAUCAUCAUCCGUCACCGUAUAUGCGGGAAUCGUAUAUGUGGGACAUUCAAGGUAAUAUAUUUACCGAUGAGGAUUUAUCUUCCCAUUGCCAGGAAGUGUAUUCAGUAACAUACGAGAUCUCCCGAAUGUUCAAACGCUCAAACUCC